UACCCAUAAUGCUCUGCGUCAACCGAGGUGGACAUAAUGGCCGACUUGGAGCGAUCGAUCGUUAGGUGAAUUCAUAGCGUUAUCUGGAAAAAUGAUCGGGAAAUAGCUGUCGUAACAGUCGAGAAGUCAUCUUUGUACACUAAUAACUCUGUAGGGAAACAUCUAAGCAAGGCUUGGGGCCAUUUUGGAGUCGUUUGGCCUUAUGGAGUGAAUUUACCGGCAAUUAUGUUGUACGCGUACGAGGAAUAUUGCCGAUGAAUCACAUACGAAACUUGGUCAUUUAUUGCAGAUCGCCGAGGUUUUUGUGAAAUUUUGCUACGACAGUCAUGAAUCCUGAUCCCAGAGAGUGUAAUAUCAAGGUUUUUGCUCGGUUUCGGCCACAAUCCGACGCAGAAGUUCGGGCAGGAGGGGAGAGUGUUGUUUCAACUCCAACUUCGGAUACUUGUGUUCAUGCGGGAAGAACAUACACCUUUGAUCGCGUAUUCAAGUCCAACACAUCGCAGGAAAGAGUUUAUUUGGAAGCUGCCCAGGUCAUCGUACAAGAUGUGCUCAAUGGAUACAAUGGAACGAUAUUUGCUUAUGGACAGACAUCCAGUGGGAAAACCCAUACAAUGGAGGGUCGCCUUGAUGAUCCAGUUAAUCAAGGAAUCAUUCCUCGCAUUGUGCAAGAUAUAUUUAAUUACAUUUAUAACAUGGAUGAAAAUCUGGAGUUUCAUAUCAAGGUUUCUUAUUUUGAGAUUUACUUGGACAAGAUCAGAGAUCUUUUGGAUGUAACCAAAACAAACUUAGCAGUCCAUGAAGACAAGAAUAGAGUUCCUUUUGUAAAGGGAGCGAGUGAGAGAUUUGUGUCCAGUCCAGAAGAGGUCAUGGAAAUUAUUGAUGAGGGAAAAAAUAAUCGCCAUGUGGCAGUAACAAACAUGAAUGAACACAGUUCAAGGAGCCAUAGUAUAUUUCUUCUCCACAUUAAACAAGAAAAUGUAGAAACUAAUAAGAAGCUCAGUGGCAAGCUUUAUCUGGUGGAUUUAGCGGGAUCUGAGAAGGUCAGCAAGACUGGUGCAGAAGGAGCUGUUCUUGAUGAAGCUAAGAACAUCAACAAGUCACUCUCUGCUCUAGGAAAUGUUAUUUCAGCCCUGGCUGAGGGAACGAAAACUCAUGUUCCCUACAGAGACAGUAAAAUGACAAGAAUAUUGCAAGAGAGUUUAGGUGGUAACGCUAGAACAACCAUUAUAAUUUGUUGCUCUCCAUCAUCUUUCAAUGAGCAAGAAACACGAUCAACUCUCAUGUUUGGUCAGAGGGCAAAAACCAUCAAGAAUGUUGUGGUAGUCAAUGAGGAACUCACGGCUGAAGAGUGGAAGAGAAGAUUCGAGAAGGAGAAGGAAAAAAAUUCCAAACUCAGAGGAGCUCUGGGCAGAUAUGAACAAGAACUGCAAAGAUGGCGCGGAGGUGAGUCAGUCCCCCUUGAUGAACAGACGACGAACGCAAAAGAUAAUCGCAAUUCGCAAGUGUUUGAGAGUCUGGCACUCUUGGCUCCAUCACAGCCGGCUGUCAGCGACAAGGAGAGGAAAAAGUUCGAGGACGAGAAAUCAAAGCUGUACAUUCAGCUGGAUGAGAAGGAUGAAGAAAUUCAAAAUCAGGCACGAUUGAUCAACCAGCUAAAGGAACAAAUGGCUGACCAAGAAGAAGCCCUUAAGACAACUCAAGUUGACAGCGAAAAGCUCCAGUCGCAGAUCUCUUCCAUGCAGACUGAGAGCGAGACAUCAAAGACUGAAGUCAAAGAAGUGCUGCAAGCUCUGGAGGAGCUGGCGGUGAAUUAUGAUCAGAAGCUUCAAGAGGUUGAGACCAAAACAAAGGACAACGAGAAACUGUCAGAAGAAGUAUCCCAGAAACAGAUGCAACUCAACAACGUCUCCAAGGAACUUUUAGAAAUUAAAGACAGUUCGUCUGUUUUGAGGAGGAGACUAGCUGAGAUGAUGAACAGCCUGUUGUCAGAUCUGGGCGAAAUUGGUAACGUUAUCGGAGGAAACGCGGCUGAAAUGAAGAAACCGAAUAUUGAUUGUAGUGGCAAUUUGGACGAAGAUUUUACCGUCGCCCGUCUGUAUGUGAAUAAGAUAAAGUCGGAGGUUAAAACCCUUUCAGUGCGUUCCAGUAACCUAGAGAUAACCGAAAGUGAUUUAAAGUCGUCACUGGAUGGAAAGAACAAAGAACUCAAUCAAUCACUGCUUCUCAUAUCACAGUAUGAAGCUAAGAUGAAAACACUCGAAGCAGACAUGAAGGAGAUGGAAUCGAAAAAGAGGAUCUUGGAAGAAGCCGUUGAUUCUCUGAACGAAGAAAUAGCCAAACUAAAGGCAAAAGCUCAGAUGCACGCUCUGGCUUUGAAAGACAAAGAGGAGGAGCACGCAGGCUUGCUUCACACAGCGGGUGAAAUUCAGUCUGCACUGGAGAAGCAAAUGAUUAGUCAUCGAGAGGCACACCAGAAACAGUUGUCGACUCUCAGAGAUGAGAUUGAAUUACAGCAGGCUACUAUUGCAUCAAUCAAGGAGACCAAUCAGAAGCAAGGUUUGGAGAGAGAUCACCUUAUGCUUGAAAAUGAAGCUCUGAAACGAGAACUUGAGGAGAAAUCUAGCCGAUUGGCCGAAAUGAGCAUCCAAGCAGAGAAAAGAGAACAGGCCAAGAAAGACCUCAAAGGACUUGAGGAGACUGUGCACAAAGAGUUGGCGACGCUGUAUCGACUGCGGCAGUUAUUCGUCAAAGAUUUGCAGGCCCGAUUAAAAGUGACCAACUCGGAUACUGACUCAGAGGAAGAAGGAGGAAGCCAAGCACAAAAACAGAAGAUUGCUUUUUUAGAGAAUAAUUUGGACCAGCUAACGAAGGUCCAUAAACAACUCGUUAGAGAUAAUGCUGACCUGAGGUGUGAAUUACCCAAACUGGAGAAGCGCCUGCGAGCAACACAAGAGCGGGUGAAGUCAUUAGAGCAGGCUCUCAAAGAGGCCAAGGAAGGUGCGCAGAGGGACCGGGCACGAUACCAGAAGGAGGUGGAGAGAAUCCGGGAAUCUAUGAGACAGAAGCAGGCCGCUGUGCGGAAAGGCGCCCAGGGACAUAUUGCCAAACCAAUCCGUCCUGGGCAGCAGCCAUCCUCACCCAGUGUUCGUCCCGGCAGCACCUCGGGAAUUGGAAGUGCCUUAUUAGGAAUGACUCGUUUGGCUGGUGGAGCAGUCAUGGGUUCUAACGUUCCCAAUAGCCCAAGUACACCGAGUUUACCCAGCUCACCCAACGGUGCUGCCAUAGUGACUCCUGUAAUUCGUGGCGGGAAAGGCUCAGAACCAAUCGUGGCGUACAGCAAGAGGAUACGAAACGCAGUGAGCACGGAGUCACUCAAUCGGCCUCUCCCCCAGGGAAGCCCGAGUUUAAAUGGCGCCCAUUCCUCGCCAGAUUACGAAAGAAGGCGCGGCUCAGCAGCUUCAGCUGGGGCGGUCACUCAUUCUUCUAGUGCGCACAUGCGCGCUGCAGCUAGCGUGGAUCGGCUUAACAUGAUGGGCGAGGGAAAUUCAGGAAGAAAACUGCCCUCGAUGCCGGACUCUAUGCAAAGGUCACCGUUGAAGAUUUCAGGCCGGGAAGGAGAAAUAGCAGCUUUAAAAAGAACCAACCGACGGUCUGCUUCUUCUCAGAACUUAGUCAACAGUGCAGAUGGUAGUCCUUGGGAGAUGAGAAAACAAUCGGCUUCCUAAGUUCGGUGAACUUGCCCCAGGACAGGGCAAGUAGCGUAACGACUGUGAAUCAUUUUUCGUCUAUUGCUUUACGCGUGACUUAUGGCUCACGACUGCCGCCGAAUCGAAAGUGUCACUUAAGCUCAGGUGUUGCAGAAGUGAUACAGUUGCAUUGUAAAUUUCUUGACGCAGACUGAAGAUAGCGGUGAGAAGGACAAAUUUUACAGAAAGGAGGAAACAAUUGUGGGAUAAGAAAAUUAUGGACAAUCUUAUGUUUCCAUUUGGAUUCUCUAACGCGGAAAGACUCCUUGUAAUUCCUCCGUGGCAAUUUCUAUACUCAUAUUCAAGAAUAUUGGACAAAUGUCUUUCAUCUGUGGGGAUACACAGAUUGG